GGUCCUCUAGCGGCGGGAAAAACCAUUGUGGAUCACGUGACACGAACACAGAGGUCAAUAUGGCGACGUGCAUUAGAGGAUAGAUUAGUAACGAGAAGCCUUGUUGUUUCGUAUUCUUUUUUCUCACGGUGGCAGACGACAGUCGUUCUGUGUGCAGUGUUUGAUUCCCGCUGUGCAACCGAGCUCUGAAGCAGCAGGAUGCCGGGGAAAAAUGGUGACCAGUUCAAACCCGGAGAUCUGGUGUUCGCCAAGAUGAAGGGCUUCCCUCACUGGCCGGCGAGGAUCUGUAAGUCGGACGAGGGGUACAAGAAGCGAGUCCCCGUCUUCUUUUUUGGGACCCAUCAGAUUGGCUUCCUGCCGCCGGAGAACAUCGUCCCUUACGUGGGAAACAAGAUGAAGUACGGCAGUGGCGUUCGCAUCAAAGGCUUCACCGAGGGCAUGUGGGAGAUCCAGAACACGCCUGGAGUCGGGAGUAAACUCAAAGUACCGGGGAAGUCAAUCACAGAGAGUACACCAGCAAAACCGGCUUCUGCAACCAAAGCUACUCCAGCUAAACCAACCCCGGCACCUAAAACUACACCUGCCAAAUCAACCAAGGCUACACCUGCUAAACCCGGACCAGCGACCAAAUCUACACCCGCUAAACCGACGUCUGCUGCUAAAAGUCAGACUGCAAGCGCUGCCACUAAAUCUCCUCCCAGCACAUCCGAGUCAGUCAGUAAAGCAGCCGCCGACAGGAGGCGCACAGGAGGCGAAGAGGACGCUGCUGUUAGAACUCCCACACGAGCCUCAUCGAGACUGGCUGCAGAGCAAAGUGAGGAGUCCAAACAGGUUUCAACUCCUAAAGCCGCCCCCGCUGCAGACACCGCAGAGACCGUCGUGACUACUCGAAGCAGAAGGUCAGCAAGCAGUGGCCCGUCUGCAGGAGGGAGUGCACGUGAAAGCAACACCUCAGCCAAGACUGAGAAAGAGACAGCAGCGGUCAAAGUUUCAGUGGGUGAAACCACAGCAAGUAAAGAAAAGGCUAAAAGCACGACUGAAGUGCUGGCAAAGGAAGCAGAACCCAAACCGGCUGAAGCCUCCAACGGAAGCAAAGAAGCUGCAAGUGAUGCGACGACCAGGAGCCGAGCAGAGGGUCCAAAGGUGACCACACAUCGAGUGAUGCUGCCCAUUCCUUUGAAUAAAGUUUCAUGUUUUCCUCGUCUCCGUCAGAUCAAUGUGAAUCUGCAGAAGAUGGAACCUGCUCUGAUGACAACAGGUGGGAGGAGGAAGGAGGAAGAAGAGGAGGAGAGGGAGGAAAAGAAAGGGACCAGAGAAGUCAAGCGCAAAAAAGAAGAGGAGGUGCAGAAGAAAGAGGAGGAAAAGGAAGACAGCAGAGGAGUAAGGACAAGGAGAGAUGAGAGGGAGGAGCAGAAGAAAGGGGGCCAAGGAGUGAAGAGGAGGAAGGAGGAGGAGGAGGUUCAGAAGAAGGCAGAUCAGGGGAAGGAGAAGGAAGAUGACAAAGGAGUCAAGAGGAGAAGAGAGGAGAAAAACAAUGAGGUGGUGGUACAAAGGAAAACGAAUGAGAAGGAGAAAGAGGAAGGAGAUAAGGAAGAGGUCCGAGGAGUCAAAAGGAGGAGUGAAGGGGAGGUGCAGAAGAAAAGUCAGGGCAGCAGCGAAGAAAAGGUGACGACAGAGAGACGGUCAUCAAAAAGACACAAGGAACAGGAGAAAGGAAUGGAGGAGGAAGGAGUAAAGACAAGGCGAAAUGAGAAGGAGGAGGAGAACAACAAAGAGGAGAGGCAGAAAAGAGACAGUAGCACAGAGGGCAAAGAAACGAGGUUGAAAGAAAAGGAGGCGCAAAAGAAAGUGAGGAAGGACAUUUCAGAGGGAAAGAAAGAUGUGAAAAGUAAAGAGGAAGAAAAGAAGGUGGAGGAAGAGGAGAAGACGAGGAGAGACAGAAGCACAGAAGCCAGAGAAAAGAGGAGAACAAGAGAAAAGGAGGCACAGCAGAUAACGAAAAAGGAUGAUUCAGAAGAAAAAGAUUUGGGAAGAGAGCGGGAGGAGGAGAAGCAGAAGGUGGAAGAGGAGAAGACAAGGAAAGACAUUAACCCGGAGCCCAAAGACAUGAGGAGGACGAGAGAAAAGGAGGCGCAGCAGAAAAUGAAGAAUGUUUCAGAGGGAAAGAAAGAUGUGAGAAGUAAAGAGGAGGAGGUGGAAGAGGAGAAGAAAAGGAAGGACAUUAACCCAGAACCCAAAGAAAUGAGGAGGACAAGAGAAAAGGAGGUGCUUCAGAAGACAAGGAAAGAUGAUUCAGAUGAAAGGAAGCAUUCAAGAAGAGAGAAGGAGGUGAAGAAGGUGGAAGAGGAGAGGACAAGGAAAGAAGGGAGCACAGAGGCUCGAGAAACAAGGAGGAUGAGAGAAAAGGAGGCACAGCAGAACGCGAGGAAAGAUGUUUCGGAGGAAAAGAAAGACCUGAGAAGUAAAGAGGAAGAGAAGAAGGUGGAAGAGGACAAGACGAGGAGAGACAGGAGCACAGAAGCCAGAGAAACGAGGAGAACGAGAGAAAAGGAGGCACAGCAGAAGGUGAGGAAGGAUGUUACAGAAGAAAAGAAAGAUUUAAGAAGAGAAGAAGAGAAGAGGAAGGUGGAAGAAGAGAAGAGCGAGAGGCGAUCAGAGGGAGAGAAGCAGAAGGAGAAAACUGAGAGGGAGACAAGAGGAGGCGCUGCUCCCGACGAUGAGCGACAGCGCCACCUGGCUGCCAAGAGGGAGAGCGUACUAAAGUCUCUAAGGGGUCUGCUGAAGGCCGGGAGAGGAGUGAGGAGGAGGGAGGCGAUGAGGAGCGCUCUGAGAGGCGGCGACGGAGCGAAGAGGAGGAGGACAGGAAGUCCGACGAGGUCAGAGUGGAGGAGUGCAAAGGAGUCAGCUGCAGCCAGGAAAACGUCAGAGAAGAAGAAGGAAGGCGCCAAGAAGGGAGAGGGGAGGACAUCAGAGAAGACGCAGGGAGUGGAAAAGGUGGAGAAAAGGCAAGAUGUGGAGCUGAAAAUGAAGGAAAAGGAGGAGGAGGAGGAGAAGAAAAAGAGUGAUGAAGAAAAGAAGGAGGAGAGAAAAAUAAUUGGAAAGAUCGUCAAGGCAACAGCCGGGCAGGGGCCAAAGGUCCAGGUGAAGACAAUGAUGGGAGGAAUGACCAUGAAGGAAGAGGAGAAGGUGGGAGGCACAUCGGCAAAGGAGGGGGAGAAGAAGAAAGAGGAGAAGGUGGAAAAGAAAAGAAGUUUGGAGAAAGAGAAGAAGAAGGGUCCUGAAGAGAAAGAGAAGAAGCUUGACGAUGGGAAGGUGAAGAAAAACGUCGAGGUCGAGACGAGAUCUGAAAGAACGCAAGUGGCGAUGGAGGAGAAAAAAGCCAAAAGCAUGACGGAGGCGGCGAAGAAAAAGGACGAGAGCAAGGAGGAGGGGGAAGCAGCGGUAAAAAGAAAAGAAGAGGAGGUUGAAGAGAAGAAGAAGGAGGCGGUGGAGAAAUCGAAAAAGGAGGAAAAGACUGAAAAACACGAAACGCAAAAGACGAAGGGUGAGAAGAAAUCUGACGGGGAGGAGCCAGGUGGGCAGAGGAAGAGCGGCGAGGAGAAGAAAAGCGACGGAGCAAGCCGACCCGAGACAUCAGCAGCGGUGGAGAAGAGCCCUGCAGGAGAAAGUAAACCGGUGAAGGAGCAGCAGAAGAAGAGUUCGACAGUGACGCUGACUGACUCAACGCUGCACCGGAUCCAUGGAGACAUUCGUAUUUCUCUGAAGAAUGACAAUCCUGACAUCAGCAAGUGUCUGACUGCACUGAAUCAGCUCAGUAUGGUUUAUGUGACAUCUCAACACGUCCAGAGGCACAGCGAGCUCAUUGCCACUCUCAGGAAGAUGCGUUACUACCGGGCGAACCAGGACAUCAUGGACAAGGCGUCGAUGCUCUACAACCGCUUCAAGAACGCCUUCCUGGUGGGAGAGGGGGAGGAGGAGGUGGUGAGUGCUGCUUUUUUGCGUUCGCUGCUGGAGGAGAAGGAGCAGGAGGAGGCACAGAGGGUGGAGCGCUGCAGGGAGAAGGUGAGGAAAGAGGGGCUGCUGCAUGAGGCGAAGAGCCGCAUAGGGCAGGUGAACGAGAACAGGAAGAGUGACGAAGAGGAGAAAGCUGAAGUGGACUCUUCCUGAUGGCUCAUCAUUACUGGAAGCAGCCUGGACUGAUCCAACUGUAAUCUGCUACUGGGUGGACCUGAAAUAAAAUCUCGUCCUUUACACGCAUGCACUCACGCACACACACACACACACACACACACACACACACACAAUGGGAUUUUCCAAAACCACUUACCUCAUUGCACGCGCUCAAUGCCGUGUUUACCUGUCCGUUUAAGUCCUCUGUGUGGACUGUCACACCUGAACAGGUGUGCUGUGUUUACCCUGCAGCUUGUUGUGCUGAAGCCGCCUUAUUAAGUUAUUAAGUGCUUUGGAGCAGCUGAUUUUAUUUGAAAUGGAUGUUUAUUUUUUUUCCACUUCGAUGAAACAAGCAUUAAACUGAAGACGAGAGCAUUACACACCUGAGCAUUAAUGUGUACCUGCUGUUUAAGCUGACAUCCUUCUAAGACGUUUAGAGGCGGAGUUUUCCAGCACCUGACAGAGGUGCUGGAAAAUUUAUCUGUUAUCUGUUGUGAUCUUA